UCAACUGUGCUGUAUUUUGCUAUACAUACUUUGUUUUCACGUAGUUGUAAUAUUAGUUGCUUAUUAUGGAGGCAGACGAAUCCAUUUCGUCAAACCUAAGUGUUGAUUUGGGGAGUGAGGAGGGGAGCGCUGCCUUUAAAAAGGGGUUUUAUGAGAAGAGAGAAGAAGUGGGUAAUAUUCAUCAUCCGUUUCAGAGAACGCCAGUUCAAAGUUGUGUGUCUGUGAAGAGUGAGAGGUCCAUGGCUAAACCACCUAAAUUCUGCGAUAAAGCAGAACACUUUCAACCCAGUCUUCCAGAGAAAGUGGAAGACUGUGCUGUUCACCACCAGUUCCAGAGACCAGCAUCUCCACUAACAAGUUAUGUGUCUUUGAAGAGUGACAGAUCCAUGGCUGAACCUCCUAAAUUCAGUGAUAAAACAGGGCACCUGCAUCCCAGUCUUUCAGAAAAAGCUGAGUACAGUGCUGUUUACCACCAGUCCCAGAGACCAGCAUCGACACAAUCAAGCUAUGCAUCUUUGAAGAGUGACAGAUCCAUGGCUGAACCUCCUAAAUUCAGUGAUAAAGCAGAACACUUUAAACACAGUGGAAGAAAGAAACAGGUGGUUCAAGAUCAGUCUGCGUGCCUGUCUGGAGAUUCUGACUGUUUUCAGUGCAGACAAAUAUCUGAAAUUUGUCCCCUUAUACACCCACACACGAGAGGGUCCAGUCCUGCUGAAGAGCAGCUGAGCUCUUGCCAACCAGUAGAUGCCAUCCUACAGAGUAUCAAAGAAAGCCACAAAACCAGCAUGAAGAAGUAUGAGAGUUUAUGUGAAGGAAUCAAUACACAAGAGAACAAAAACCAUCUUAACAAGAUUUACACACAGCUUUAUAUAAUAGAGGGAGAGAGGGAAGGGGUAAAUGAAGAACAUGAGGUUGUACAAAUAGAGAAAACCAAGACUGAAUGCUUACAAGGUACUCCAAUCAACUGCAACAACAUUUUCCAGCCUAUAUCCGAUCCAAGUUAUGAGAGAAAAGACAACCAAGAAAAAGUAAAGACUGUUCUUACCAAAGGAAUUGCUGGAAUUGGAAAAACAGUCUCUGUGCAUAAGUUCAUUCUGGAUUGGGCUGAGGGCAAAGCUAAUCAGGAUGUUGAUUUUCUCUUUGUUCUUCCAUUUCGGGAACUCAACUUGGUUAAAGAUGACCAGUACAGCCUUCACAGACUUCUGCUUGACUUCCAUCCAGAACUUCUGGAGUUAGAUACAAGGGUAUAUGAUUUGUGUAAAGUCUUGUUCAUCUUUGACGGUCUGGAUGAAAGUAGAAUUACAUUGACAUUUUCACACUGUGACAAAAUUUCUGAUGUGUCUACAACAUCAUCAGUGAGCAUGUUGAUGUCAAAUCUCAUCAAAGGAGAGUUGUUGUCCUCUGCUCUCAUCUGGAUCACAUCCAGACCGGCAGCAGCCGGUCAGAUCCCCUCACAUUACAUCAGCCGGGUAACAGAAGUACAGGGAUUCACUGACCCUCAGAAGGAGGAAUAUUUUAGGAAGAAGAUCAGCGAUCAGCAUCAAGCCACCAGAAUCAUCUCUCACAUAAGAACAGCAAGAAGCCUCCACAUAAUGUGUCAUAUACCGGUUUUCUGCUGGAUCACAGACACUGUGCUUCAGAACAUCCUAAAACAUGAUAGCAGUGCAGAAAUUCCCAAAACGCUAACUGAAAUGUACAUACAUUUUCUGAUUAUUCAGGCCGUUAUGAAGAGGCAGAAGUAUGGUGAGAGAGAUGAGAGAUAUGAUCCAAAGUUGCUUCUGCUUUCAGAAAGAGAUGUGAUUUUGAAACUUGCUGAACUGGCUUUCAAAGCUCUGAUGAAUGGCGAUGUCCUGUUCUAUGAUGAGGACCUGAAAAAAUGUGGAAUAGAUGUCAACAAGGCCUCUGAGUAUUCUGGGAUUUGCACCGAGAUCUUCAAGGAGGAAUCAGUGAUCUAUUCGAGGAAGGUCUACUGCUUUGUUCAUCUGAGCUUUCAAGAGUUUUUUGCAGCGCUUUUUGUGUUUUUCAACUAUUUAAACAAGAACAGUGAUAUCCUGAGAAUGUUCCAGAUAAAGAAAGGAAGAAAAAAGAUCAAACAGCAGUUUAAUGAGGUUUCACUAGAUGCGUUUCUGAAGGUUGUGGUUGAUGAAGCACUGAAGAGUGACAAUGGACAUCUUGAUCUUUUCCUUAGAUUUCUUCAUGGCAUCUCACUGGAGUCAAAUCAGAGACUUCUCCAAGGUCUGCUCACACAUGUGGAGGACAACUCUGAAAGCAUGAAGAAAGUGAUAAAAAACCUCAGACAAAGUCAAAAGCAGAAUGUCAGGCCAGAAAGGUGGAUUAAUCUCUCACACUGCUUGAUUGAAAUGAAGGAUACUUCUAUUCUUGAAGACAUUCAGGCUUACCUGAAAGCUGAAGGAAAGUUUAAAAAAUAUCUAUCUCCUGCCCACUGUUCAGCUUUAGCUAAUAUGCUUCUGAUAGCAGAGGAUGUGCUAGAAGAGCUAAACCUCAAGAAAUAUAAUACAACAUCCACGGAGGCUCAAAGGAGACUGGUACCAGCUAUGAGGAACUGUCGAAAAGCAAUAUUGGAAGGCUGUAAUCUCACUGAACAAUCAUGUGAAAUUGUGGCAUCGGCUCUACAGCAUGCAAACUCCCCUGUUAGAGAGCUGGACAUGAGUAACAAUGACCUGCAGGACUCGGGUGUUAAGCUCAUUUCUAUUGGACUUAAGAGUUCACACUGUAAACUGGAGAUACUGAGAUUAAAAGGCUGUAAACUCACCAUGCAGUCCUGUGAAACUUUGGCUUCAGCUCUGCUAUCAGAAAAUUCAUGCCUGAGAGAGCUGGACCUCAGUAACAAUGACCUGCAGGAUUCAGGACUGAAGCGGCUCGUUGCUGGCCUGAAAAGCCCACACUGUAAACUGGAGAUAUUGAGCCUGGCUGGCUGUAAACUCACCGACCAGUCAAGUGAAACACUGGGCUCAGUUCUACUUUCAGUGAACUCCUGCCUGAGAGAGUUGGACCUGAGUAAUAAUGACCUGAAGGAUUCACGUCUGGAAUGGCUCUCUGCUGGACUGAAUAGCUGUAAACUGGAAAAACUAAGAUUGGCCAGCUGUAACCUGACUGGUCAGUCCUGUGAAAUGAUGGCUUCAAUUCUACAAUCAGUUAACUGCCUUCUGAAGGAGCUGGACCUGAGUGACAAUGACCUGCGGGAUACUGGAGUGGAGAUUUUCUCAACUGGACUGAAGAGUCCUCACUGUAUACUAGAGAUACUGAGAAUGUCCACUUGUAAUCUCACUGAUCAGUCCGGUGUGACUGUGGCUUCAGUUUUACAACUAGCAAAAUGCCCUUUGAGAGAGCUGAACUUGAGCAAAAAUGACCUGCAGGACUCAGGAGUGAAGAUGCUCUCAGAUGGCCUGAAGAGUUCACACUGUAAACUGGAGAUACUGAGACUGUCUGGCUGUUUUAUCACAGAGGAAGGCUGUUCUGUUUUGGCCGCAGCUCUUACUUCAAACCCCUUACACCUCAGAGAGCUGGACCUCAGCUGCAAUCAUCCAGGAGAUUUGGGUGGUCAGCUGCUCACUGCUAGAUUGAAUGAUCCAACUUUCAAAUUGGAGACCCUCAAUCUGGAACAUGAGGGCAAGUUUAGGAUUACAGCUGGAUUACGAAGAUGUGCCUGUGAGCUCACGCUAGACCCCAACACAGCGCACACACAUCUGUCUCUGUCUGAGGGGAACAAAACUGUGACAUAUGUAGAAGAGGAGCAGUCGUAUCCAGACCUUUCUGAGAGAUUUGAAUGCUAUCCUCAGGUUCUGUGCAGAGAGAGUCUGUCUGGACGCUGUUCCUGGGAGGUUGAGUGGAGCGGGAAGAGCGAAGUCUAUGUUUCAGCCUCAUAUAAAGGAAUCAGGAGGAAAGGAGAGAGUAACGACUGUGAGUUUGGAUCCAAUGAGAAGUCCUGGAGGCUCGUCUGCUCUGAUAACAGUUUCUCAGCCUGGCACAAUAAUAAGAGGACUAAAAUGCGUCCACCAUCAUGCUCAUCUCGUUCUAAAAGGGUAUGGGUGUAUUUGGACUGUCCUGCUGGCACUCUGUCCUUCUACAGUGUCUCUGAUAAAAACAGACUGACGCACUUACACACAUUCCACUCCACAUUCCCAGAGCCUCUCUACGCAGGGUUUGGCCUUUGCUCUGGCUCCUCAGUGUCUCUGUGCCAGAUUGAGACAUCUCCUGAUGCAAAGAAUGCAAAUAGCUGUGGGAAUGACAGAAAUAAAUAAAGUUUUAAUAUAACAAACAUGUAGAGCAGAACUCUAUCACAGACACAUGUUAUACACACACACACACACACACACACACACACAAAAAUAGUGGAAAUAUAAUUCCAAUAAUAACUAUAACUGCAAAC